AAACUAUAUUUUUCUCAAAAAUACAAAAUUUUUCUUGGGUUACUAUUUCGCAGAGACAUUAUUGGUUGCCCUUUCUUUCAUUUUGCGGCUACGAUUUUCUGCUUUCGGUUGCUAACAAUGCAAUGAGCAACGUUAAAAGUUUCGUAUUUCUACUGUAUCUCAUCGGCUUAUGGAACCUGUCACAUGGAAUUAACGAUACUACACUUAUAACAGGGGAUGGCAUAACCGUUUGCCAAUACAUUGAUAAUAAAGGCCCAUUUGAAACCCUUAAGCGUGGCAAAGAAAACGAUACCAAAAUUAGAACGAAUGUCUACUUUGGAUCUCUUGAAACACCGCAUUCAAGUAGUAAUAUUCACAGCAGUAUCCACUCGGCUCUCCUACUAUCUCUUAUAGUGCAGAAACUAGAUUUAUGGUAUCGAGAGCUACCUUAGGCCAUCAUUAAAUAUUUAAUUUAACUUGUACCAGUGCUAGAAGCAU